ACGCUGAAGACAUAACUGAAGUGUCGUUGUAUGGUGGCAGAACAGCGGACUAUUGCAAAGAAGUGAGCCUACUGAUCACACCAUCUUUUCAACGAAUGUAUUACGUCGCCACACAACUGCUCAAUAAUAGACCUAAGUCCACCCUUGAACAUCGAUUACGACACAGAGUCAAAUGUCGAAACACAACAAAAAUAUCACCACAGAUGAGAUCAGACCUUAAACCAGAGGACUUCUACGAAAAAUUCAACUACUCACAUAAGUCACGUAAUAUUGCUGAAAAAAAAUUGCAAGAGCUACUUACAUCAAUUGCAAAAGAGAGGAAUAGUUUCAAUCGCAGGAAGGCGAAGUAUUUGCUAGAUUCUUUUGAGUCGUGGAUAAAUUCAACCAGUUGCGAGCUGUAUUGGUUAAAUGUAGAAGCCUCACUUGGCAGAUUGACUCACGAAGUUAUGGGACGAAUUUCAGCAUACAAAACAAUUAAAAACUUUACCAGAAAAAUCAACGUUAAGGAAGGAGCUCUAAAUGAAUUUCCAUCGAAAAGAAUCAAGAAUAAUAAACCUGAACAACAAAUAUAUCCUCCAGAAACUAGUGGAAAGGCACGACAUCCUCUCCCAACAAAUCAAGAUCACGGUAAUGAAAGUGAUGAUGAAAAUAUUAGAAGACAAAGAAGCUAUUCACCACUUCACGUCGAGUUUGUAAAGGAGAUGCAUGAAGCUGAUGAAACCGAAGAUUACUUAUCCGAUUCGGACUCUGACUAUGUUUAUAGUUCGGAAUCUUCGUCCUGUGCCAGUUCCGAUAAUAAUGAUACUGUUACUCUUUCUACUGGAAAAAUUGUAGAAGAUGCACUCUACAAUUUUGGUAUUAAAUGUAGGCAUGAGCAAAAGAAAUCAUCUGGAAUUGUAGUUCUUGAUUCAUAUUUGGAGUUUUAUAGACAGAGGAUUUGGGAAUAUCGAUGGAAUGGAAGCCACGAGUCAUCUAGCUUGGCAUCUUUGAAUAGAAAAAAUCGUAAUCGAACUGUAUCUGCAAUUGUCUCAAUGAAGAGAAAAAUUAUGGGUAGGCGCGGAGAUCUUAUCAUUCGAAAGAGGUAUAAAGACCCCGAAGAUGAUGAAAGAUAUGUUUUAUUCUCUGUGUGUAGCUGUUGGGAUGGAAGAGAACAAGAUAAGAAAAUUACAAUCAAUUGGAUUUAUACAUGCGGAUUGGAUUCCCCUGCUGGCUAUACAUGUCGAGUGCUUCGAACAAAAAUGUUGGAAAUCUCUUCACAAAUAACACAAUUCGGCUCAAAGGUACUUCCUGUAAUCAUAUUGACAUGGAAGGCAAAGAUGAUUGUUAGAGAUAUGAUCGAGUUUGUAGAGAAAAAGCAAUAUAUGGAGGAUAAAGAAAAUUUAGGUAAUCAGCUUCAAAAUUUACAAAAUAGUUGUGAAUCCUCUCCUCCGCGAAAAAAAAUAGAUCAAGUUACUGCUUCCGAUUCCCCAAGCUCAAAGAACCAAGCUCAAAAAACAAAGACUAAAAGAAAUUUUAAGAAUAGUUUAUUAGAUACUACAGAUAUUUUUAAUCACUAG